UCCACUUGUGAGCAUGCGCUUUCCAACACGGAAGUACUGCUGUGUGUGGCGCCCACCAAAUGUACUUUUUGUUGUUGUUGUUGCUUCAGUCCGCGAGUAAAACGUAUCAAUCGUUCAGACUAAACUUUAACAAAUGUCCGGCUUCGACCUGAUCCCAGUGAAUGGCGGGGAUCCAAUCCACCUGCCCCCGGGGGAAACGGUGCUGGGCCGCGGUCCUUUGCUCGGAGUGAGUGACAAGAGAGUGUCCAGACAUCACGGGCUGUUGGAUAACAACAAUGGACAACUUCGCCUCAAACCUACCCACUUGAACCCUUGCUUCCUUCAGCCAUCCCUCACCGACGAGCCUCAACCCCUGCAGAAGGACGUGUGGUGCAACCUCGGGCAUGGCGACGUGUUUUCGCUUCUGCCAGGCCAGUUGCUAUACCGCGUGGUGUCGCUGGGCGGGAAAGACGGCCCCCUUCGAGGAAACGCGUUGGCCGAGCAGGAUCCACUUCCUCUUUCACCGCAAGCUACUCCCCCGCUUCAUGCAGGAGCAGAGCGAGACGCUCCUAAGGAGGACACGUCCUUAGCAGGGGACAGGGAUCAUAAGAGUGUAAAAAUCAGCCCAACACAGGAAGUGGAAGUCGCGUCACCUUCGCCUCGCGUUAAAAAACGAGUUUUACCUUCAUGGAUGAUGGCUGUCGCCACACCCUCCGCUUCCUGCAGUCCCCAAGCUGCAAAGAAAAAUAAACAAACCAAAAAAUCCACAACCACGAGCUCCGUACAUGAGGAGGCGGAGCUAAGCGAGGAUGACGAGAAGCCAAAGGUGAAGAGGAGGAGGAAGGACGCAGGAGAGACAGCUGGUCUAAAGACAGAAGUCCCGCCUACGGAAGCGCAUCAGCCAGACAUCGUUGACAGAGACGUAACAAGGAAGUCACAUGAUGUGGACCAAUCACAGCGCAAAGACAAGCAAAACAAGGAGUCAUCUUCCAGGCACAGAAGUCCGUGUCCUUACGGGAAGGACUGCUACAGGAAGAACCCGCUUCACUUCAAAGAGUCCAGCCACCCUGGAGACUCCGACUAUGAGGAAGAGGAGGAACAGGAGGAGGCAGAGCGACCCGAGUGUCCCUACGGCACAGACUGCUACAGGAAGAAUCCUCUUCAUCGGAAAGAGUACAAGCACACAAAGAGAGCAGCUCGCUCCACGCGGGCCCCUCCCAAACGGCCAUCAGCCAACGACGAGCACGAGGACUCCGAGGACAGCUUCAUCGAUGACGACAGCGAGGACGCCGGCGACGACUCGGACUACGUCCCCGCCGACUCUGACGACGGCGUCGAGGACGUGAUGCGGCUGCAGAGGGAAGCGGCGGCCUUCGUGAGAGGCAGGAAGUAGGGUAAAGUUCGUAUGGAUUUUGGACCAGGAAGUGACAAAUGGGACGCUGGAUGUCAAAAUAAAAGUCUGAAG